UUCCGGACUCCAGCAAUGGCCCUUAAAAGAGAACCGUCCAUUAAGAAGUCUCCAUCGCCUGUGGCCCAGCAGCCCAGACUGGGGCCUCCUUUCCCCUGCCUGCCCUCAGCUAACCUUGCCCAGCCAAGGUCAGCUCCAGAGCAGAGACCCAGGAUGCUGCGACCCUCUGACUCUCCAUUUGACCCCAGCACCAUGGAGAUUGAGUUUAACCUGGAUCAAAUACACGAGUUUAAGGAGGCCUUCCUCCUCUUCGACAGAACCGGUGAUGGAAAGAUCAGCUACAGUCAGUGUGGUGAUGUCAUGAGGGCGUUGGGACAGAAUCCUGUCAACUCUGAGGUCCUCAAGGUCCUGGGCAACCCCAAUGCUGAAGAGAUGAACCACAAGAUGCUCGACUUUGAGCAGUUCCUUCCUAUGCUGCAGGCCAUCGCUAAGAAUAAGGACCAGGGCUCCUUUGAGGAUUUUGUUGAGGGACUGCGUGUCUUCGAUAAGGAGGGCAACGGGACUGUAAUGGGGGCAGAGUUACGGCACGUCCUCACCACACUUGGGGAGAAGAUGACGGAGGAGGAGGUAGAGACACUUCUUACUGGACACGAGGACGCUAAUGGCUGUAUCAACUAUGAAGAACUCGUCCGGAUGGUCAUGAGCGGUUGACGAUUAAGAAGAAACAUUCCUUUUUCUUUGUUAGUUUAUUUCACCCUGUUUAUUUCUGUUACAUAUUCAACUAGCUUCCAUCCCUCUCCUCCUGCCUGGUCCCUUUAUCGUAUUAUGUCUUCAUGUCCUUUACAGUCCCACGUUCAGACCAUGGUGACCCGAGCUAUGUUGACCUGAGCUAUGUUAAUGGCCUGGGCUCUUUCAAUUAAGAAUAAGACCAACUUGCAUGUAACUAGAUGCUUGUGUGCUGCUGGCGUGACCUGCAAUAACAUUCCCAGAUACAAACAAUUCAAUCUGGUUCCAGAUCUGUUUGAUGUCUUGGGACCAGGCUACUUAAUACCUACACUUGGACAAUGAUUAUUGUGAUACAAUACAUUGCUUAGCUGAGUCAGUGGGAAGGGACCGCGUUGUGGUGGGUGACCAAUUACCUAUUACUGUUAGCCUGGGUCCCAGACCUGUAUGUGCUGUCUUGCCAACUCUGUCAUUGGCAUGACAUUGACAGCCAUGUAGUUGGCAAGACGGCACAAAGUGAUCUGAGACCAGGCUAGCGACGUCCUGCUUUGGCUGGUAAUGUCUCCCUUCCUAUUGCUAUGCAAUUUGUUAGUCAAUAUGUAUAUGAAGCCAUACAAUCAUGCUGAUGUACAAAUGCAAUGUUCAGUGGAUUUGUUUUAUUUUGUUUUCUCCCUUUUUUGUUGCAGCAUUCAAAUAAAAUAUUUUUGAAAACUGAAA